UUUACUUCGACUUGUGUUUCGAACCGCACACCGGUUCAGUGGACAUGGCCGCACAUCCGCUUGCACUCUGUGCCCUGCUGAGCUCUCUUCUCUCAUCAAGGCCCCUUCUCUCCCUCCGCUCUUUCUCCCACCUUCGUUCCCAUGAGAACUCGAGGAGACUUCUCUCGCUGCCAAUCCUGCAUUUGCUGCCAAAUCACGCAAGGAGACUCGCUACCAGAGCCGAGCCAUCCGUGGUGACCUCCGAGGACGACAGCUACGGGGGAAAGCAGGUCAUCAACCUCACGCCUCAUCUAUACGAUUAUGUCUUAUCCAAUGUCCGCGAACAUCCGAUUCUUCGUAAACUGCGGGAAGAAACAUCGACUAUGCCAGGAAGCCAGAUGCAGGUAUCUCCUGAUCAAGCCCAACUACUAGUGAUGCUUGCACAAAUUAUUGGAGCACAAAGAUGUAUUGAAGUUGGUGUUUAUACAGGUUACUCUUCUUUAGCUAUUGCAAUGGUUUUACCUGAGACUGGCCGAUUAGUUGCAUGUGAACGAGAUGAGAGAUGCCUUGAAAUCGCAAAGAAGUAUUAUACACGAGCUGGAGUUGCUCACAAGGUGGAUAUAAAACAUGGCCUGGCUGUGGACUCAUUAAAAUCCUUGAUCCAACAUGGUGAAUCAUCCAGUUUUGACUUUGCAUUUGUGGAUGCUGAGAAGCGGAUGUACAACGAAUAUUUUGAGCUUCUAUUGCGAUUGGUGCGGGUCGGGGGCCUCAUUAUCAUUGAUAAUGUUCUUUGGCAUGGAAAAGUCGCUGACCCUCAGGUGAACGAUCCAAAGACCGCCAGUAUAAGAAACUUCAACAGAAAACUUCUUGAAGAUCAGCGUAUCAGCACUAGCAUGGUACCAAUCGGGGAUGGCAUGACGAUAUGUCAGAAGAGAGCGACCGUCUAACUUGGAUGUAAUCUACCCCUUGGGCAGUUAAAAAGUAGAGCAAUUAAAGUGGACUCUUGGCUGAACGUAGAAGUUUGCUUUUAAGCUUCCAAUUUAAAACCCAAAUCAAUGGUGCACGGCCAAUUAAUCAAGUAUGAUCAAUUUCAGCACAACUUUAAUUGCAUGAUUCUAAUUCUCUCUAAAUAGUUGAGCUCAAAGUUACAUUUA